CUGCCAGCUAGCUACUGGCUGGCUAGCUAUCCAUUUUUGCUCAGCUGGUUGGCAGGGCGCAGCUCAAAAAACACAGUUCGCAUACGAUAUUUACUAAAAGCAAGUAAAGCAUCGCUUGCCUAUUAACACUUGUUUAAAAUAUUACAGGAAAGUCUAGAGCUAGCUAAACUAGAUUAAGAAAGUGUUUUACUGCCUUGUUUCAGUUCACACACCUAGGGAACAUGCAUCUUUCUUUAUCAUCUCACUUCAAAGUGCAUUCUCCAGCGAUAUGGAGUGGUAUGUUUCCAGGUUUUUCACAGCAGUCAGCUUACUAAAUGAUGUAUUAGCUAAAGCAACCUAUUUAUUCCCAGAAGGCAAAGGAAUAACAAUUUUUGGACACAAGGUUUAAAGUACAUUUUUGCUACAGAGCAUUGUUUCUAGGUAGACUAAUUUUAUAAAAAUUAACUGCAGAUAGCUAGCUAUAUAGUAGAAAUAAAAUUGAAAGUUUAGUUAGCUUAAUUUGUACUGGCAAUAUGUGGAUCAUGCCUGAAGUAAGAGUUGAAUGACCUAUGAAAAUAUUCUACUAAAUUAGGAAAGUAAACAAUGUGGAGAUAUAUUUUGAUGACCUAUCCAGUGAGCUCCAAAUAAAUCAAAAAUCUGUUAAAUACUAUGCUUCCAUUAUAUAGAGAUGAAAACACUGAUCAAAAUAGGGUUUGCUUACUGAAAACCAUGGAAAAAUCACAUUAGAAGAUUUUGAACUUUUGAAAGUAUUGGGAACUGGUGCCUAUGGCAAGGUUUUUCUUGUCCGUCGAAAAAAUGGAAAAGAUAAGGAAAAGUUGUUUGCCAUGAAAGUUUUAAAAAAAUCUGCAGUUGUUGCCAAGGCAAAGACAACAGAGCACACAAUCACAGAACGACAUGUUUUAGAAGCAGUACGCCGAUGUCCCUUUAUUGUUACAAUGCAUUAUGCAUUUCAGACAGAUGCAAAGUUACACAUUAUCAUGGAUUAUGUGAGUGGAGGAGAACUAUUCACACAUUUGUAUAAUCGAGAACAUUUCAAUGAAGAAGAGGCAAAGUUUUACACUGCAGAAGUGGCCAUUGCAUUGGAUUUUCUACACAAGCUUGGUAUCAUCUACAGAGAUAUCAAGUUAGAAAAUAUACUGCUUGAUAAAGAUGGACAUAUUGUAUUAACUGAUUUUGGUCUGAGUAAAGAGUUCACACCACAAGAGAGUGAUGGUCGGGCUUACUCUUUUUGUGGCACAAUAGAAUACAUGGCACCUGAAAUUGUGAAGGGCGGUAAGGUUGGCCAUGGAAUGGCUGUUGAUUGGUGGAGUUUAGGUGUUCUGUUUUAUGAAUUGAUCACUGGAGCAUCUCCUUUUACGGUUGAAGGUGAACGCAAUACUCAAGCUGAAAUAUCAGUGCGGAUACUGCAUAACCCUCCACCUUUACCACGAACAAUUUCAAGAUGUUCUCAAGAUUUUAUUAUUCGUUUGUUACAAAAAGAACCAUCAAAACGCUUGGGUGGCGGACCCCGUGGAUUGCAAGAAAUCAAAGAACAUGCUAUUUUUAAGAACUUAGACUGGGACUCACUCGCACAAAAGAAAAUUGAUCCACCCUUUAAACCAGUUGUAAAGAAUGAUACAGACACAAGUAAUUUUUCAGAAGAGUUUACUAAGAUGAUGCCUAUCGAUUCUCCUGCUGUCAUACCAAAAAAUGCUGAGAAAGUGUUCAGGGGUUAUUCAUUUGUUGCACCGUCUGUUAUAUUUGGUAAUAACACAAUUGCUGACGAAAUAUUUUCUUCUGAUGCUGAGAAUUAUAAGAACAGACCGGGCAACGCGUCGCUUAUAUAUGCCAGUUUAUUUGAGUCGUCAUCAUUUCACAAACAAUACAUGUUAUCAAAUGAAAUACUCGGCAAAGGUAGUUUCUCUAUAUGCAAGAAGUGUGUUGACCGUCAAACAAAAGAAGAAUAUGCUGUUAAAAUCAUGACCAGAAGGAUGGAUCAUUCUCUUGAACUUCAAUCAUUAAAAUUGUGUCAAAGUCAUCCGAACGUGGUUCAAAUUCAUGAAAUACAUGAAGACGAGUUACAUUUGUAUGUGAUAAUGGAAUACCUCCGCGGUGGAGAGCUACUUGAUCGGAUAAAGAGGAAGAAAAACUUUUCUGAAAUUGAAGCAAGUAAGCUAAUGAGAAAGCUUGUCUCAGUUGUUAAUUUCAUGCAUACAAAUGGUGUGGUACAUCGAGACUUGAAACCAGAGAAUUUGUUGUUUACAAAUGAUUCUGAAACAGCUGAACUCAAACUAGUGGAUUUUGGUUUUGCUAAGAUUAUAGGCAGCCAACCAUUAAAAACACCUUGUUUUACGCUAUCUUAUGCUGCACCAGAAGUACUACGUAACGCCACUGGGGAGAGCAUGGCGUCUUACGAUGAGUCAGUGGAUAUUUGGAGUCUUGGUGUCAUCCUGUACACAAUGUUGUCUGGCAAAGUACCUUUCCAACCUAAGAAGUACACACAUCAAGCUGCGUACGCUAUCAUGAAGAAUAUUAUGAGUGGUGAUGUUUCAUUCUCCGGAGAUGAGUGGCUCGGUGUAUCAGCUUCUGCUAAACAUUUAAUACAAGGCCUUUUAAAAGUCGAUGCAAGUAAGCGAAUGACAUUGCACGAUAUUGAAGCUCACGAUUGGCUAUCAGGUCGGGUUGAAAUGCCCACGACGCCGUUAAUGACGCCAAUAUUUCUCGACAGUUCGGGUAACCUUGUCGGUAAAGCAUUUCAGGUAGCAUUUAAUGCUUAUCACAAAGCAAGAACGGUAACUUUGAUGGACGUUGCUAGCGCGCCUUUAGCAAAAAGACGGAAAUUGAAACAUUCCUCAUACGAUCGUACUCCUUCGACUGGAUCAUCGAGUUCAGAGGAAAAUAGGAAAGAGCGAGUCAAUAGUAACGAGGAAAAGGAGAAGUCGAGUAAUAAACGUAAAAGGCAAACGACACCGACAAGCGACAUAGAAGGACAAGGCGAAUCAAAACGUGCAAAGUCUGAGGCUAGUUUAAUGUCCAGGCUACAAACUUCACGGGCCGGUAUGAAGUUGCCUUUGACGAAAGCUUAUGAUAUAAAGAAAUUAUCUGGCGUUUGUGAUCCAAGGUUAAAACAAAUCGCAUCUAACCAGACUGAAGUCAGGCCUGUGUUUAGAAAGCAAGAACAAACAAUGCCAAUAGCAAAACCGUUAGAAAACUGUACAAUACUACAUGCACCUGCAUUGAGCCACAAUUCACACGUUACUCUACCAAGUAGUAGCAAAGUAACGGUCUGUACCGCUAUGCAUGCACAUGCAGCUACGUAUCCACCUUCAAUGCCCCCAUUAAAAGUGCUUCCGUACGAGCUUUUGCAAAGCAGUGCGACCACUUUGACCAGGAAUGUCGUACGGGGUCAGAUUCCUUCAAUCGAAAGAAGGGUAGGCUUGCCGGACUCUAGUCAUGUGAUUAAUCCACCCAGUGGUUACGUCAACAACAUCACUAUUAAAAAGGAUCCGAACGAUAGUAUAUUUUACCGAACAGAUGCGUGCCAACAAGACAUGUACAAUCAAUACUCUACGGUGCAAUACACGUCACCGCUUAGUAUGCCAUGGGUAGACACUAAUUUUCCGGCACCGAGUUUGGAAGUGCAACGUAUGACGUGGGUUCAAGAUAUGCAAAACAACAAUGAAUCGAACACGUUAAGUAUACAAGGUAAUGAUAACUUUAAACAUACUAGCAGUCUGGAACCAACUUAAAGAUUUGUUUCGUAAAGCAUUAUGGGAUCGAUGCCGAACAAAGCAUUCACUCUAAUAAACAGCGUGACUAAAGUCUUUUAUUAAUACUAUCUAAUAGUAACCUACGAUUGCCAUGUUGACUUUGUGUUAACUUCUCACAAAUAGUAAAGGGGCGAGUCCACUGACGAAAAAAGAGGUUUGAAGUAGGCCGAAACCAAAAUGUCUUCAGAAUUCAUAAAUUUAGAUAAUGAGGACAAAAUUUUGUGACACAGAAACACUUUGCAACACAUCGCAUAUCUUCAGUGCAGUUAAGAUAUUGUAAUCCGCUCGGCUUAAAACAAGCGUUUACUAUAGAUCUGACAACGAUUCACUCUACUACUCUACUUUACUAGAUUUGACAAUGUUUAAUUCCCACCAGUUUCCUAUCUUCUCUUCGUGUGUGUGUAGUUAAUUAUAUUAUAGUAAUUGCUCCCCGGUCCCUCUCCUUGAUGACUUGUGACUGGAUUCCACUGGCCAGAUAAAACUUGGAAUGAUGUCUAAUGAAUGAGAUUAAAUUAACAGUUUUGUGACGUCAUCAAAACUAAAAAUUACGGAAAUAUCAUUUUUUACAAUAAUUACGGGGAACGGGGAAAUUAGGAUGAAAGAUUUUGUGAGAGAAUUUCCAUAUCAACAGGAUCUAAAAGCUUCGUGACCAUAUCUUUAUUCAAUUAAAACCUAUCGCAUUUUACACUUAGGAUUUUUUAUAACUUUAAAAAUAUUACAACUCAUCUGUUCAGUCAUUGAAUAAUAUAGAUAUUAUCAUUUCAUGAACGAGCGAGUUUAUUCUAGGCUACGUUUUGACAGCUACAGUCCGUCGAUGGACUGUAGCUGUCGAAACGUAGCUUAGAAUGAACUCACUUGUUCAUGAAAUGAUAAUGUCUAUAUUAUUUAAGGGUUUUUUAUGUACAUUUUAUAUAACUUCAGACAAUGUGUAUGAUAUUGUCAUCCAACAGGUGAAACAUUUCCCAAAAUGAGUAAAACAGGGUUAAUAAGUCCGAAAGAACCUAAAUGUAUUAAAAAAAUUGUGAACUAAAAACACACAUGAGAAAGAAGGGGUCCAUGCGUUGUAGUUAAUAUUAAAAUGAACAACUUUUUUCACAGUUUUCCUUACUUUCUGAAAGAUGUAAACAAAGGAGUGCUGGGACGAGGUUGUAUAUAUAUGUAUAAAUAUAUUUCGUACUUAUUUUAAUAAUUAUUGUAAUAAUAAUAAUAAAUUCUUCAGUUUUCAUUUUUGUAAAUCUAUGGUAUAAUAUUGUAACAUAAUAUUUGUAUGUAGUUUUACGUUCUGAGUUUCUAAAAAUAGGCUUUAUUGUUAUUAAUUUUAUAUACCAGGCUAGUGAACUCUAUAAAUUAUCAAGGCUACAUCUAAAUAUAUAAUUACAUGUCAGAAGUAGUUUAAUUAUAAAUUUAGUCGUCAACUUAUUUUUUGAUAAUUUUUGUGGAUAUCACGAACAACAAGGCCGCUUUCCAUUUCAUUCAUGGAUGCAGUUUCCAUUGUUGUUUUUCUUUUUUUUCUUGUUACCUAGCGUUGCAGGCGGAAAUCAACAACCAUUUUAAUUCACGAAAACGCUGUCAUUUAGUGUAAUGAAUAUUGAGAACAAACUUUAAAACGCUGGAAGCUGAAGUAAUGAAUUCUUUCAGGGAAGCUGUUAUAAGAUUUUUGUAGCGUGAAUUCGCCAUUAGAAAUAUAAAUAUAAACUUUGUAUAAACUUUGUCUUAACAAAAUCAUCUUUCAAGCUAGUUUCUGUCUAGUUUAUUUAUGGUUACACAAUUAAUUUUAGUUUGAGAGGUCAACUGGGGUGAUUUGAGUGUGAGUUUUGUCGCUGUACCAGAACCACGAAUUUUUAUAUGUAUUAUAACUUAAAUAGACUACAAAGCUUACGCGAUGUUUUUUUUAAUUUUAUGCUGUAGCCAUUUGAGUAUAAAUAUGAAUUAUUAUUAAAUUGCUGAUGUUGCUUUUUUUGGCUGUAUGUGUGACAAAACGAACAAAAAUAAAAAUUUUUGAUAAAGA